AUGGACGUAAUUGAACUGAUCGAAAGGAGGAAAUUCAAACAGUUGUAUAAAAAUGUUAAGCGAAAAAAACUAGAUAAUUUUUUUUUUUGUAUUUAUAGAUAUAAUAAUUUAUACAAAGGAAAGAAUGAGUACCUAUUAAAAAUAUGGAAAGGAAUAAUAAACAAACCAAAAUAUGCCAACGUAUAUAAUGAUAUGUCAAUUGUUAAUUUUAAAUAUGUAUGUGACUUUUUUACAUAUGAAUUAAACACAAAAAAAAGUUAUGAAAAACAUGAAUAUCCGAAUGAUGUGUGUGCAAACGAAUUAAGUGAAAAAAAAAACAUAUAUAUAGCUAAAGUUUUUCUAAAACAAUUAAUUGACAUUAUAAAAUAUCAAGCAAAUAAAUUAAAUGAGAUUUUGAAGGAUGAUAAAAAUUCAAAAGAAUACAACGACAAUAAUAAUGAAAAUCGAAUAAAAAAUAAAGAUACAAACUGUUCAGAAGAAAUAGAAGAGAUUUGGUGGAAUCACAAUAACUUAAUUGUUAUGAAUGAAAAUAGAGAAUUUGAUUUUCUUUUUAAUAUAACACACACACUUAUAUAUAAUUCAUAUAUUACAAAUAUAGUUGUAGAUAUGUUAAAAAUAUCAUAUAUAAAUAUAAAUGAAUGCUUUUUAAAAUAUAUCCUUUAUACUAUAUAUAAUGUAUAUAUGAAAAAUAAGGAUAUAUUGUUUUUUUAUUUUAUAAUUUAUAAAAAAUUAAAAAAAAUUAAAAAUAACAUUAUUAAUUCACAGAGUUUAUUAAUUUAUUGGAAUAUUGUAAAAUAUAUAAGAAAAAAAAAAAACAUUCUAAAAGUAAUUCAAAGUUUUAAAAUUUUAAGACAUUUUUUUCUCAACAUAUGUGAUAAAAAUUUGAUAUGCAAUUUUGUAAAAUAUAUUUUUGAUUGCCUUCAAAAUAGAUUAAUUAUAUUAUAUGGAGCAAAUUGGCAAAAUGAAUGUAUAUUUCUUCAAAAAAAAACAAAUAUCGCUGAUGAAAUUUACAACGAUUUUUCAGAAUUUUCUUUUUUCGUAUAUUUAUCUAUUCGUGAUUUAAAUUCAAAUGAUAAAUCUUUAUUUAAUUUCAAUUUAAAACAAAUUAAAAAUAUUGCAAAAGCAGAUCAAAUAGAUUCAUUAAACAUUUAUAUGAUUUUGAAUUAUAUUAAUAAUAGUAACUUAGAUAAUUGUUCAAAGUUAAAAUAUUCUACUUGUAUUGUGUUAAAAAAUUUAUCACCAAAUGGGCUUGCCAUGAAAAAUGAAAAUUUAGUUUUUUUUUCACAUUUCGAAAAACUUAUAAAAUCUGAAAUGAAUAAAAAUAUAGAAAUAAAAAAUAAUAAUGAUAUUACCAAAGUAACGCCAAACAAUUUUUCUGAAGGUGCAGAGAAUAAUUUAAAUUUUCGUCAAAAAUUUUCUGAAUGUAUUCACAAUGUUCUUAAAAGCAGCAAUUCUUUAAUAUGUGAUGAAAUAAAAAGAGAAAAUUUUAUAUCCUUUCAAAGUGUGUUAAAAUAUAUUUAUAUUAUUUUUUAUAAUACAUUAAACAAAAAAGGAAAUCCAUUGAUAAAUCGUUUUGACAAUAAAAAUGAGAAUUAUGAAAUUGAAGAAAACAUGAAAUAUAUUUACAACUAUGCAUAUUUUAGUGAUGCUAAAUAUUCAAAUUUCGAGUUUUUAAAUAAACAAGAAAAUAAAAACAGUUAUGUUAUUCUAAUCUCAUUACUUCUUCAUAUGAAUAUUAUAAGCAUAGACGAUAUAUGGAAUAUAAAGUUGUUGAAUAAUAUUAAAAAUAAUUAUUUUUUUAAUAUAUUAAAUUUUUUUAAAUUAAAAAAAAAAUAUACUCUUUUUUUCUUAACUAUUUCAAGAGUUUUAAAAGUAAAUCCCCAAUUGAUUGUUACUUUUUCAAAAUGUGAAAAUGUACAAAUGUUUGGAGAUAUUAAUCAAAAUGAAGAAAUAAAUUUUUUGAACAAUUUUUAUGGAAAUAUACAAAGUAACAAUGAAAAUAAUUUAUAUUUCGAAAUAAUAGUAAACGAAAAAUAUAUCAAAAAUAUUUUAAAAAAACAACAACAUAUUUGUGAUUAUAGUAAUAAUGAAAAAAAAUUAAUAGACACAAUUACCUUUUUAUUAAUUUCUUCCUUAACAAAAUAUAUAUAUAAAUUGCCGUUAAAUAUAUCUAAAUAUAUUUUGAAAGAAAUUUUAAAAUAUUUAUCAAAACCAUUACACGAUGUUAAAAAGCGAAUAAAUGAAUAUUUUGAUAAUAUGUGUUUAAGAAUAAUAUUUUAUAUUUUCGAAUUAAUUUAUAUUAUAUCUUGUCAUAUUUACUAUUCUAAUGAUAUUAAAAAGUUGGAAAACUAUAAUAAGGAAUUUUAUAUUUUUUCGUUUUUUUUCAAUCUCAUAGAUGUUUAUAUAAAAUUUAUUGAAAAAUAUAACAAAAAAAAUAAUACUUGUAUAUAUUCUUUUCUAAAUUAUAAAUUUUGUCAAUUUUUUCUCUUGUUUUUUGAUUUUAAAAUGUGUAAUAAAUAUGUCAAAUAUUCAGAUACUAUUCCAAAUUACACACCAAACAAAUUUACAGAUUUACAUUCUUUCCCAUUUUCAACAUUAUCUCCUUAUUUAUAUUCCUCUAUGGAAAACUCAACAAAUCGAGAACUAAAGGAAAUUGGAAUUCAAACAAAUAGUUUGGUAUAUAUAGAGGAUGUGACGUUAUUUAGUGAAUAUUAUAAUAAAUACAUAGAAUUGCAAAAAAGUAAGAAAAAUUUGAAUUAUAUUGAUGAAAAUGAUGAUAAAAAUAAUUUUGACGAAAUAUAUACAAGUUAUAUUAUAUCAGUUUUAUUUAUAUUUAUUAAAAAUAAUAAUCCCCAAAUUAUGUGCUAUUUAUAUACACUAUUACUUUAUGCAAUUUCAAAUGUGCAUACAUCAGUUAGUUAUAGAUAUAGAGAACUUAAUUAUUUAAUUUUUUUACACAUAUUACCAUGGAAACAAUCUCUUAAUUAUUCUAUAAUGGAUAGCAAGUUAAGUUCAUUUUUUUUCCAAAAGUUUUAUGAAUGCGUUCAAAAUUUGUUACCCGAAAUUGUAGUUGAAAAUUUCAGCCCUUUUCCAGAUUUGGAAAAAGAAAGAAAAAAAAAUUCAAAAACAUAUUUUGAAAUGAAUUAUGAAAGUGAUGAAACACAAAAUAGCUUAUUGGAUAAUAUUUGUGAAGAUAAUCAAAAUGUAAAAAAUAACUUGAAAAAUGAAUACACAAACAAUUUUAACAAAAAAAAUAUAGUAUCAAAGAUUAAUUUGAACAAAAUGACAAUUUAUGAACAGGUUAUAAAAAUAAACAAAGCUGUAAUAAAUAUAUUUUUUUCGAAUAAUGAUACUGAAAAAAUGAUAGACGAUUUAAUCAUAUUACACACAAGUAAUAACUUAUUAAGAAAUUCCAUAUUAAUUACAAAUUUUAUUAAUAUAAUUUUUUUGAAAAAAGAAAUAAAAGAAAAAAAUGUGUUUGAAGUUCUUCAAAACAUAUUUGAUGAGCAAGUAACUUCUUAUUACAUAUCUAUAUUUCAAAAUCCGUUAAAUUUUUUUUUAACAUGCUCAAAAAAAUUUUGUGAAAUAUUAAUUAGAUAUAAUUUUAUGGAUAAUUUAAUAUUUUUUAUUUUUACAAAAUUAAAUAACUAUUUAUCAUUAAUUCCUCCCAAAUUAUUUCAAGAUGAUUAUUUGCCAUUGAAUGUAGAAGAUAUUAUAUCUUUACAAGAAACAUCAAUGGCUCAAUUUAUUAUUAACAUAGAUCCAGAAAUAACAAAUGAUUAUUUAGAAUAUUCGAAGGAAUGUUCUUUGUUCAAUUCAAAACAAACUAAUUCACGUAAUGAAAAUACAGGAGUAGCAUUAGAAUUGAAGAAAAAAAAAUAUUUUUUUUCAGAUUUGACUUAUUUUUUAAGAAAAAUGAAUAUAAUAACAAGCACACUAAAUGUUACCACAUUAAAUGGUUUGUAUGAAUCUGGUUUUAAUUCUAAAUCUGCGUUUUAUUUAUCUUUUUAUAUAAAUGAGCACAAUUUUACAAAUAUAUUUUACUAUUUGAAUAAUAAUAUAAUGGCUAUAACAAAUGAGAAUUUCAAUUUAGAAGAUAAUAUAAAUUAUUAUGAACAUAUUCAUAUUAAAAAUACAACAUUUACAUUAAACCCUUAUAAUAUUUUAGAUAAAACUGUAUUUUAUUUUCAAAUAGUAAUAUUUUAUCUUAUUAUUAAUGCAAAUAACAAGUUAAUAGAUACAUCAAAAUAUACAGAAACAAUAUGCACAUAUUUUAUUAACUGUUUAGAACUUCAUUCAAAACCUUAUGUCAGUCAAUUUAUCAUUUCAAUAAUACAAAUUUUAAUUCAAUAUUUUUAUUUUUUUCCGUCAUUAAUACCUAACAUUCUCCCAAGUAUUACAAAACCAAACAAUUAUCAAAAGGAACUAUCGAAUCACCUCGUUAAUUUUCAAAAAAAAAUAACACGAAUACUCGAAAUAUCAUACAAAUAUGGAUCUGAUAAGAAAGAAUCAUGA